CGCUACCACUGUGUGCACUGUGCAACGGACCCCCUGCCCUUGUCGCUUGUGUAUCCACUUCUCCGCCUCCGUCAUGAACCAUCGACAUCGCACUCCACGGCGCGAACCUUGCCAUCAAAAGGCUGCCAUAGUCCAUCACUAUGAAGGACGAGAACGGGAAGCGCAAGGCAACAGACGAGCCGUCGUCGCCUGUCGCAUCUAAGCGCGUUAAACACGAUCCUUCAGACGAACCCGAGAAACAGCCCGCCAAAGUCCCAGCGAUACCAUUUCCAGAAAAGCCAGCCGUGAUCGAAGAGCGCAAUGGCGAGAUCGAGUUUCGAGUGGUCAACAACGAUGGCGAGCGCGAGAGCAUCAUCAUUCUCACCGGCCUUAAGUGCCUCUUUCAGAAGCAACUGCCCAAGAUGCCCAAGGACUAUAUCGCGCGCCUGGUCUACGACCGCACCCACCUGUCUAUCGCCAUCGUGAAGAAGCCACUCGAGGUGGUGGGCGGCAUCACAUAUCGGCCCUUCAAGGGGCGCCAGUUCGCCGAAAUAGUAUUCUGUGCUAUUUCGUCCGACCAACAAGUCAAGGGCUAUGGCGCUCACCUUAUGUCCCAUCUUAAGGACUAUGUCAAGGCGACCUCCGAUGUAAAGCACUUCCUAACCUACGCCGACAACUAUGCGAUUGGUUACUUCAAGAAACAGGGUUUUACCAAAGAAAUUACGCUCCCCGAGUCUAUUUGGAUGGGCUAUAUCAAGGACUACGAGGGCGGAACGAUUAUGCAAUGUACCAUGCUACCGCGUAUUCGAUACCUCGAAGUGGGCCGGAUGCUGCUCAAGCAAAAGGAAUGCGUCCAGGCUAAGAUCCGGGCGUAUUCCAAAUCACACAUCGUCCACGAGCCCCCAAAACAAUGGCAGAAGAAUGGCGUAUCCCCCAUCGAUCCCCUCUCCAUCGAAGCGAUCCGCGCCUCGGGUUGGUCACCGGCCAUGGACGAACUGGCGCGACAACCACGCCACGGACCAAACUACAACCAACUCCUCCACCUGCUCAACGAUCUACAAAACCACCCCUCCGCCUGGCCGUUCCUCGUUCCCGUCAACAAAGACGAGGUGCUAGACUACUACGACGUGAUCAAGGAGCCAAUGGACCUCUCGACAAUGGAAACGAAGCUCGAAGCGGACCAGUACAACACGCCCGAGGACUUCAUCCGCGACGCGAAGCUCAUCUUCGACAACUGCCGCAAGUACAACAGCGAAACGACGUCGUACGCGAAGUCGGCCAAUAAGCUUGAGAAGUUCAUGUGGCAGCAGAUUAGGGCUAUACCCGAGUGGUCGCAUCUCGAGAAUUCUUAGGAGGGAUUCGCUGUUGCAAAGGGCAAAGGUGCGGCCACGAAAGAUGAUAAGCCCAUGGCCAAACGGCGCCGGGGUAGGCCUCCGGGCCGCGGUCGCCGCCGGGGUGGCGGCAGGAUUGCGGAUGAGGGUUUGGCUGGCGUUGACAGGGACAAGACUGGCGAGGUUUCGGCUGGCGUUGACUCGACAGGCGCUGCUGCGGACGGCUCGGGUUAGGAAUCGGGAUCGGGCCGCCUGGAGGGGCAAGAGCGCAUGCAGCC